CCCGGGACCCCCGCAGGGGGUGGGGACAGGAGCAGGAGCUUACCUGAACUUCGGACCCCGGCCCUCCUGCUGUCCAUCUGGCCUUCUGUCCGGCCUGCAUGGAGCGGAUCCCCAGAAUUGAUCCAUAUGGAUUUGAAAGGCCAGAAGAUUUUGAUUAUGCGUCCUAUGAAGAAUUUUUUUCUGGCUACCUGAGGAUACUCACCAGACGAGCAAUAAAAUGGUCCAAACUUCUGAAGGGCACCAGGAGUAUACAGAGGAGUUUGAAAGUGAAGCGCUACGUGAGGAAAGGGGUGCCGAACGAACACCGUGCCCUGGUCUGGAUGGUGAUGAGCGGAGCGCAGGCUCAGAUGGAGCAAAAUCCCGGCUAUUACCAAAAACUCCUCCAAGGACAGAGGAACCCCAAGGUGAUGGAAGCCAUCCACACAGACCUGCACAGGACAUUCCCCGACAACGUGCACUUUCGCCGGACGUCAGAGCCCUGCCUGGAGCAGCCCUUGUCCAACGUGUUGGUAGCCUUCGGCCACCACAACCCAGAUGUGGGAUACUGUCAGGGAAUGAAUUUCAUAGCAGGCUACCUCCUUCUCAUCACAAAGAGUGAGGAAGAGUCUUUUUGGCUGCUGGAUGCUCUGAUUGGACGGAUAUUACCUGAUUACUAUAGUCCAGCCAUGUUGGGGCUGAAGAGUGAUCAGGAUGUCCUGGGUGAGCUGGUGAGAAUGAAAAUGCCGGCCGUGGCAGACACGAUGGACCGGCACGGAGUCAUGUGGACCCUGGUAGUGUCACGCUGGUUCAUCUGCUUAUUUAUUGACAUCCUCCCGGUAGAGACCGUCCUUCGCAUCUGGGAUUGCCUGUUCUAUGAGGGAUCAAAAAUUAUCUUCCGGGUGGCCUUAUCCUUAAUCAAACAGCACCAGGCGUUUAUCCUGGAAGCCACGAGUUUCCCAGAAGUCUGCGAAAAGUUUAAAGAGAUCACCAAGGGCCCUUUCGUAACGGAGUGUCACACAUUCAUGCAGAAAAUAUUUUCCGAACCUGGAAGUCUCUCCAUGACCACGAUCACCAAGCUUCGAGAGACGUGCAGAGCUCGGUUCCUUGCUCAGCAAUGAUCUGGCCACCGCCAAAGCCGCACAUUCCUCUUCUAAUUGCACUUGACCGAAUCAGCUUCCGAGAUCGACAAACUGACCAAUUUCUUUUUUUUCCCGGUUUUGUAAGUGGUGUAAAUACUCUAAGCUUUGGUAAUUUAAAAGAAAAAUGAUUCAGCGCACCGUUCGGACCCGAUUUGAAUGAGCCACCUCGAGAUAGUUUUUUUUUAAAGUCAGCAGAAAUGGGGAGAAACGGGGGCAACUGAGGGUUGGAAAAAUUACCCUUGCGAUGGUUGAGCCACGUAAUAAAAGAACGGGAGCCUGGAAAGGGA